GCGCUUCUAGUGAUGAAUUCUGCGAACAAAUUCCAAAGAUGGUUGUGGGGGUGGAAAAAGUUUUCUCACCAUUUAAGGCUAAUUGGAUUUUGGACUUUUGCGUUGGACACGUGACCUUGAAACCAGCGAGCUAACUAACUUUAUAAUGGCAAACACUAUUGAGUUUUAAUAGCUUUGCAUUAACGUUCAUAAACUAGUGCCAGUUUCUUUUUUAAUAUAGAAAAUGACGACGAUGGGCCUAAAAAUGCACAACUUCAAGACGCCAUAAAAGCUUGUUGAUAUGACCAAAUUCAAAAAUUUUUUCGCAGAGACAGAUUUCAUAGACAGAUUUCGUAUUGCUGAAAAAAUAUUUGGUGAAAGGGGCACUUUCAGUGUUUUACUAAUUACUUCAGUUCAUAUCUUAUAACCAUCCGACAAUAAGUAUUUUUUAAUAUUGGCUAAGAUAUUGCGUAGUUUUGUCAUCGCAACACCUAAAAUGAACGAAUACGUCAUUUCAUUAUAAUACAAUAACAAAUAACGUAUUAAUAUCCUGCUGCAUCGGUAAAAUCAAUCAGUCAGCACAAUUUCCAAAACGUGAAACAAGAAGCAAGUCUGUACUGUUUUUCUUGGACUUCAUGGCUCGCGUAGAAGUGGAUUUUAUUCAGAAAAGGGAAUUUUUCAUCCAGAGUAGCAAUGAGUUACUCGAAAUGACAAGUGGCAUAUCGAGGGAUAUCAAGAAAAAGAAGAAAAAUAACCACAAUAUUCUUCCUAAAAUUGAGGAAAUAGAAACUAAAAUCAAAAAAGUGAAGGAUGCCGCCUUGGAGACGUUGGAUGAAAUUGAUAGCACGUCAAAGCAGCCAAAGGACAUAACAGCGAGGAUAAAUGCGUUGCAAGAAGAGAACAGAAAAUUGCAAGAAAAGGUAACAGUUCAACGGGAGAAUGAAGAAGAGACGUCAAAGCAGCCAAAGGAUGCAACAAUGUGGGUAAAUGCGUUGGAAGAAGAGAACCGAAAACUGAAAAUUGAGAUUGAAUCUUUGCGAGAAAAAUUGCAAGAGAGUGAAGAGGACUUCAACAAAAGCAUUGCUCGCCUUGAAAGUGAAGUAUUUGGACAGGAUGGAAAAUUGAAAUAAUUUGGACAAAAAAUUCACGGGAAGACAAAUCAUUUUAAAAGCUAGAAUGUUUGGACUCGUUGCGAAUGUGUUUGCUCAACCAUACUGAAGACUGCUCACGACGACUCUUUCUGAGGAUCUUUCUGGCGAAGAAGAAAAUCUGGGUUAUUGUGGGCCUGUAGAUUGAACACCUAUAUAAUAGCUAGAAAAUGGAGAAGCUUUUAGAAUAUUAAGGUCGACUUGCUCAAAUAUAAUUCAGUUGUAUGUUAAAUAAUUCUAAUUGUUUCGAAAGCGCAAAAUAUCAUUUUUGUAAUUGGUGUAAGUUGAUUACCUGGUUUCUUUAGAAUCUUGUAAUAUAUAUGUCUUUGCAAAUCAUUGAGAUCAUUCUUACCAA